AUGAAGUUGCUCGCCACCAGUUCCGCUUUGGCGGCCAUGUUCCUCUCAAGAGCUCUGGCAGCCCCCGCCCCUGUGCCUGCGCCGGCUCCCGAUGCCGCGCCGGAGCCCAUCCCUGCCCCGGUAGCCGUCGAGCCUCACCUGGAGGAGCGCAUUGCUACUGUUACCGUCGACAUUCCCACUGGCGGCAAGGUCAAGGGCCGCUCGCUGCUCAAUGUCGAGUCCUUCAAUGCCAUCCCAUUUGCCGACCCUCCCGUUGGACAGCUGCGUCUUAGGCCUCCGAAGCGCCUGUCCACGAACCCUGGCACCAUCGACGGCACCGGACUUGCCCCUGGAUGUCCCCAGAUGUUUGUCUCGUCUGGAGCCAGGGACGCACUGAGCACGAUUCUCGGAACCCUGUUAGACAUUCCGUUCCUGAAGCCUAUCACUGGGCAGGAAGACUGCCUGACGGUCAAUGUGCAACGACCUGCCGGCACCAAGGCCACCGACAAGCUGCCCGUCUUAUUCUGGAUCUACGGAGGCGGCUUCGAGCUCGGGAGCACAAACACCUACGACGCGACCAGCCUGCUCGCCAGCGCCGUCGGCCAGAAGCAGCCGUUCGUCUUCGUCGCCGUCAACUACCGCGUCGCGGGCUUCGGCUUUAUGCCCGGCAAGGAGAUUCUCAAGGACGGUAGCGCGAACCUGGGCCUGCUCGACCAGCGCAUGGGCCUCGAAUGGGUUGCCGACAACAUCGCGGCCUUUGGUGGAGACCCGACCAAGGUUACAAUCUGGGGAGAGUCUGCAGGGGCCAUUUCCGUCUUCGACCAGAUGCUUCUGUACGGCGGCAACGCUACCUACAAGGGACAGCCCCUGUUCCGAGGCGCCAUCAUGAACUCGGGCUCCGCCGUCCCGGCCGACCCGGUCGACUGCCCCAAGGGCCAGGCCGUCUACGAUGCCGUCGUCAAGGAAGGCGGGUGCGCUGGCGCUAGUGACACGCUCAAGUGCCUGCGUGACCUCGACUACGAGACGUUCCUCAACGCAGCCAACUCGGUCCCCGGCCUCCUGUCGUACAACUCUGUCGCCCUCUCGUACCUGCCUCGGCCCGACGGAGUGGUCCUCCCCGACAGCCCGGACAAGCUCGGCGAGCAGGGCAGGUUCUACGCCGUGCCGUCCAUCAUCGGCGACCAGGAGGACGAAGGCACCAUCUUCUCCAUCUUCCAGAGCAACGUGACGAGCGUCGACGACAUGACCAACUACCUCUCGCAGCUCUUCUUCCACAACGCCCCCAAGAGCAAGCUCAAGGAGCUCGUCAACAUCUACGAGCCCGCCCUCCUGCAAGGCAGUCCCUUCCGCACGGGCAUCUUCAACGAGCUGUACCCGGGCUUCAAGCGCAUGGCCGCCAUCCUCGGCGACCUGACCUUCACGCUCACGCGCCGCGUCGUCCUCAAGAUCGCCACCAAGACCAAGCCCGACAUGCCUAUCUGGUCCUAUCUCUCGUCGUACGACUACGGCACCCCCGUCGUGGGCACCUUCCACGCCUCGGACAUCCUGCAGGUCUUUUACGGCGUCCUCCCCAACAACGCCAUGCGCAGCUGCCGCACCUACUACUUCAACUUCCUCUACAACCUCGACCCCAACAAGGGCGUCGGCGGGUUCGCCCGCUGGCCCCAGUGGAAGGAGAAGCAGGAGCUCAUGUGGUUCAAGUCCGCCGUCGCAAACGGCAUCCUCAAGGACGACUUCCGCAGUGGCGCCGCCGCCUUCAUUGAGGCCAACAAGGGUAUUCUGCACAUCUGA